AUGCAAUGCUUUGCAAAUCCACCUCUCAGGCACAUAAUUCGCAGGAGCUUCUUUGCUGCUGCUUCAAAGAGGCAGUGCCUGCAGUAUUUAAGAGCUCUGAGGACACUGCAUCUUAACAUCCUUUUUUUAGGGGAAACUAUUACAGAAAGUCUUACAACAGGAGAAAAAAUAGCCAAGGAGACCAGCCUAUGCUGGCCGGUAUGGACACUUUUCUACACUGGCAGCAGACAAAGGCGGGUGCCCUGGAGGUACAAACUGCUAUUAAGAGGUGAUCUGCCCAUCCACCAGCAGAAUGGUAUCUUUCAGGGGUUGUGUGAUUCUCUGACCACCUCCUGUGGGAAGUGCGUAAUUGUGGUGAGGGACAAAAAGCAGACAAUGCAUGUAGGGGCAAAAGAUGGCAAGGAGCUGGACACGGGAUCUGCCACCAGUCCCACCGCGAUCUACAUGUCCGACAUUGAGUGUUGCCCUGAAGUUGCUAGAGCCAAUGGCCAUGACCUUCUUGUUGUGACUUUGUCUGACAACUAUCUCUAUCCUAUGGACAUUGCCAGGUCUUCUUUGAAAUGGUGUACUAUGAACAACAGGAAGGACUUUACUCUGAGGUCUGUUGAGAGGACCUGCUCCUAUAGGUGUAUCCUCUCCAGUGACUUGAUUGUUAAAGGAAUAGAGAAGAUGACCCCAAGCAAAUGGAAGGUAGCAAUUAACAGAAUGAAGAGAUGGAAGAACUGCUACCUUGACACAAUUUCUUAA